AUGGGUCAGAAGCAGGCAAAAGAAGAUAGGCGGGGAGGCGACGACGCUUGCAUUGUAGCUUUGGAUAAGAUGUGGGAGAAGAAGGAGGUUUCUGACUGGGAAAGAGACAAGCAGAGAAAGGAGAGGUACAUGGCUGCAAUUGAGGUAGACAAGGCUGCACUUGAGGUACAGAAGGCUUCACUUGAGCUUGAGAAGAAGCGAUUGUCAAAUGAAGAAAAAAAGUUGAAGCGGACUUGCUGA